UAGACAAGUAUUGGAUCGAUUAAUUUUAGAAUAUAAAGAAGUGUUAUCAUCGAUUGAUAGUAAUUUAGAAUCAUUAUCAAAAUUAGCACCAGAAUAUAUUACAAAUUUAUCCCAACAAGAUGUUGUUCAUAUUUGUCAAAUGACUAAAAUUGACGAUAGUAAUUUAUUGUAUGGAGAAAUUCAAUUAUUAUCAGUGUAA